AUGCGCGGCGCGUCCCGAGCCCUGUGCGACCCUGACUGCCUCCAGGAGGAGGCCCCGAGCCUCCUUUUGCAGGACAGCCCCCAAGAGGACCUUGGCGCCGUGAGGGAGGAGGGGUCUGCAGAGCCGGUAGUCGCCGGGAAAGGUGCCUCGGCGGCCAGAGCCUUAGCACUGCGCUGGGGUGUCCCCGUCGCCCUAGGACGGGCCGAGUUGGUGCAGUGCCUGCUGGUGAAGGACAAGAAGAGCCCCGUUACUCGCCCCGAGAUAGUCGGAGACUUGAAGAAUCUGUCCCCGGAGAUCGUCGCUAGGGCCGCAGAACGUCUGCGGCAUGUUUCUGGUUUCGAGCUGAUGCAGCUUGGCCGCAAGCACCACACUUACAUCCUGAUCAACAAAUUAAAACCUCUUGAGAAAGAGGAGGAGGCUCUGGGAGGAGAUGGUCCCAGAUUGAGUAUUUUAAUGAUGAUCUUGGGCCUUAUCUGCAUGAAAGGUAAUAGCGCCAGGGAAGCACAGGUCUGGGAGAUGCUGCGUGGGUUGGGGUUGCAUCCCUCAAAGUAUCACUUCCUCUUUGGGUACCUGAAGAGGCUUAGGGAAGAGUUCGUGCAGCAGCGAUGCCUCAGUUGCAGGCGGGUGCCUUACACUAGUCCACCGAAGUGUGAAUUCUCUUGGGGUCCCCGAAGCAACCUGGAGACCAGCAAGAUGAAAAUCCUGGGGUUUGUGGCUAAGCUCCAUAAGAAAGACCCUGAGCACUGGCCAGCACAGUACCGUGAGGCCCUGGCAGAGGAGACCGGCAGGGCCAGAGCUGAGGCUAGGGCCAGGGCCAGCGUUAGGGAAGACAUCCACCCCUGGUGAAGGCUGGUGGAAAAUUAGCGUGGGGUGAGGUGUGGGGGAAAUAUGGAAGCUACUCUCUUGAGUAGUGUUCUAUAGGUGAGAGAAGAGUGAUUAUUCAGUAGAAAUUGUAUUUGUGUAGCUAGGAUUUAGGUUUUGUGUCUUGUUACAUUUGUUAUAUUUAAUGUAUAUACUGUUAAAUUGAUGUUUAUAAAUGAGAGUGGUGUACUUUUUUGUUGUAGUUUUGCUGGUUUUGUAAAAUGGAUUGGAAAACUUCGCAUUUUUUCCUCCAAUCUUUGAACAAAUUAGGCAGCAUUGUAGUGCAAUACUUUAUUUAAAAGAACUCAGCAGUAUGAUGAUCUGGUACCAGGAAAAAAAAAAUAGCUGAUUGGAUGUCCACGCCCCCAACACUUUUUGUCCUAAGUGUAUUUGAAUUCAGAAAAAAGUCUGACAUGUACCUCUUAACUAUGGUAUCUAGAGAAAAAUAAAAAACCAAAAAUUAGAAGUACACCUUGGUACACUUAAUCAUCUUUUGGAGUGAUACACUAUUUGGGAAUAUUGAGCAAGAUAAAGGUGCUGCUUUUUGGAACUGGACAGUAAAUAAAUAAACCAAAAAUUACAGUGCAGCCACUCAAAGGCUACAGAGAGACAUCUGUCGCAACUGGGGCAAUUCAGUUAGGCUUUCCUGGGGUUACUUUUUAGAAGGGGAAAAGCUGGGUUGGGCAGGGAGGAGCGGAAGAGGAGGAAGAAGUUGGAAGAAAAUGGUAUUACAAAUGACUUUUUAAGAUGACAGAUGCUCCUCAAUAACUUGGGAGAAGAUUUUAUACAAGGCAGAUCUGAACUAUACCCCACCAUUGCCAGUGCUCUUACCCCAGGACAAUUUAUAACAGUGCACAGACAGUGAUGGUGACUAUUAGUAAACAUAUUGGUCCUCUCCAUCUUCUGUCUCUCAACCUCUGCAAGGUUCUUUCUUCUACCAAAGGCUGCAGAAACCAAAUGCUGUCAGGAGCAGUGGGUAGUGUGGGUGGAGAAUACAUAUGGUGUCACCUAACACCAGAGUGUUCCACUUCAAGAUCUCUCUCCUAGCACCAGGAGGCCCAUGUUUCUACCUGCCACCUCUCAUUUGGGAGCAGACUUAUAAGGCAUCCCUUACAUUCUUAAGUACCCAUGAAGAGUCAGCU